AUGGGUUCCCCUGGUGGUCAGGACAAGCCCUCCCUGUCAGCCUGGCCAAACCCCGUGGUUCCUCAAGGACAGCAUGUGACUCCAGUAGACUCCCAUCUCGGGUUUGACAGGUUCAGCCUGUACCAGGAUGACGGAGCCCAUGUCCCUGGGCUCCCAGACAUACUAUUUCAGAACAGCUUCCUCGUGGGCCCUGUGACCUCAGCACAUGCAGGGACCUACAGAUGUCAUGGUUAUUACAGUCACUUCCCCUGGUGGUCAGCACCCAGCGAGCCCCUGGAGAUUGUGGUCACAGAGGCUGACUGGGGUGAGGCUGGCUGUGUCAGGACCAUGGCCCCCAGAGACAUCACCCUCUUCUGCCUCGUGCUCUGUCCUGGCCAGAAGAUUCAGGCACAAGAUGGGAUUCUUUCCAGUCCUACCAUAUCUGCCACGCCCGGUUCUCUGAUUCCCUGGAAUGAGUCUGUGAAGAUCCUGUGCGGGGGAACUCCUGAGUCUUACCUGUACCGACUGGAGAUCCUGGGAAACUCCACAUACAAAGUGGUGGACAACAAAUUGGGAUUUCAGAAGACAGCUGAGUUUGUCAUUAAACACAUGGAUACAAAUACUGCAGGACGUUAUCAGUGCCGAUACAUGAAACAGUACAGCUGGUCAGUGCACAGUGAAGCCCUGGAGCUGGUGGUGACAGGCUUGUAUGACAAACCCUCCCUCUCCACUGAUGGGUGCCUUGUGGUGAUGCCAGGAGAGAGUGUUUCCCUCCGGUGCAGCUCAGCACACAUCUCGUUCAAUGGAUUUUCACUGAGCAAGGAGGGAAGGGCCGUUCUGUCACAGCACCAAAAUGGGGGAUGCUGGGGUGACUUCAUUCUGGGUCCUGUGAACCUCAGCUUCUCAGGGAUCUACACAUGCUACAGUUGGUACAGUGGCAGCCCUCAUGUAUGGUCAGCCCCCAGUGACGCCCUGGAGCUUGUGGUCACAGAUACCACAAACCAAGAUUACACGAUGGAGAACUUGAUUCGAAUGGGCAUGGCAGGGCUGCCCCUGGUGGCUCUCUUGGCCAUUCUGGCUGAAAAUUGGCUUGGCCAUCAGGUUCCACACGAGGAAGACCAGCAAGAUUUGCCUGAACUGAGCUGCAGUAGACAGAAAACUCAGACAGAAUGGACCUUUGGACUAACUCCAAAGGGUCACCAGGUAGACACCAGGCACUGA